GUUAGAUAAUCUAUUCAACAACGAAUGACACAAGUCUGCGAAGAAAUUGAGCAAGCAGACGACUUGACGCUCUUGCAUAACCAUUCUAAUCCGACGCUGUCGGGCUUAUUAGGAGACGUGAAUGUAGACGAUGGACCGGAACAGAAACAGUCUCGUCUACAAGGGAAAAUGAGCAAAUCUGGCGGGGCCGGGUAUAAACACCCUUCUAAAGCUAACAACAACAAUCUCCUAGAAGAAGGAAAUGACGGGAGAACCACUUUGGACGACCUUAACUGGAAAGUCGAUCAACUUACUGGCUUGAUGAAUACUUUUGCUCCUGUCGUAAAAGAGCUCAAGCAAGGUUUAUGAUGCUGCACGCCAAAUGAACGAUGGUGUUGAUAUGUCUGAAGGAGAAACUGAUGACGAACAUCAACCAACGGGGCUGCUGCUGUAGUUGCAGAUACAGCUCUUGCUCUAGCAAACCAAAGCAAUGCUUUGGUAGAUGAGCUGAUGCACGAAGUGACUGAGAAUGAACCGACAGACCAACCAUUGCCAAUUAAAAUUUCUAAAAUCCUGACCAGCAUUUUGUCCACUGGACUAAACGAACAAACAUUAUCAAAACAGAAGGAAGGGGUAAAACGCCCGGAAAACUGUGACCUGUUAAGAGUUACAAAGGUGAACCCAGAAAUUUGUUACAUUGCUAGGAAGUCCACCUGUAGCAUGGAUGCACGUCUACAAAAAUUACAAGAAGCCUUAGUAAAGCCGAUUUCCCGAACUGUGGGAACGAUAAGUACCUCUCUUGUAACUAACCCUACAACACCUGCACCAACACCAGAGGUUAUCUGGGUUGGGCUGUCCACAUCUAUUGUGCUUCUGAACAUGUGCCGCAGGGACUUGUUCAAAGUUGACCUUGAUGAAAAUUACAAGGUAAUCUGUAGUAACAAAGAAUCUGUUGCUGCAGAACUGUUUGGUGAUGAUUUAAAGGAACGCCUGAAAACAGUAAAAGAAAGUAAAAAGGCUGCACAGCAAGUGAUAAGCCAAAAACGGAAACGCAACGAUCAACGGACGACCAGCUCAUAUAAUUCUAAUGUGCCUUUUUUUAUUCCAACGUCAGGGUGGUCAUUUGCAAAGCCAACCCCAACGACGCAACUAUCAUCAAAACCAACCCAAAAGGAAAGUCGAGACAAGGGGAAGAACACUAAGAAAGCAGUGACUCCUACUCUCGACAGUGUAAGUUCUAGUAAACACGAGUGCAGUUCUUCUAUUAUAUCUGGGAGAGACAAUGAUUGUAGUAUAUUUUCUAUGUUUUAA